GCGGCAGGCGGAUUGGGGCCAGUGCCGCGGGUCCCUGCCUCCCUGCGCUGCUCUUCCCGCUGGCAGCAUGAAGAUCGAGUUUGCCCCGCUCAACGUGCCCUUGCAGAGGAGAAUCCAGACGGUCGCCGUGCUGCAGUGGAUCUUCUCCUUCCUCCUGCUGGCGGAGGUUUGCUGUGGAUUGUUUGUCAUCCUGAUCCUGAGCAACUUCUGGUUCCUCGCUGUUCUGUACCUGCUGUGGCUGUACCUUGACUGGGAAACACCCUGCAGAGGCGGCCGACGGUCCCAGUGGGUCAGAAGCUGGGCUGUUUGGAGUUACUUUAGGGAAUACUUUCCCAUUCACCUUAUAAAAACGUCAGAUCUGAGUCCAAAUCACAACUACUUACUUGGUUUUCACCCUCAUGGGGUCCUGGUAGCUGGAGCCUUUGGAAACUUCUGCACUGGUUCAGGCUUCAGAAAUCUGUUUCCUGGGCUUACUCCGUACCUUCAUAUCAUGCCCAUCUGGUUCGGCUGCCCCUUCUUCAGGGAAUAUGUAAUGAGUGCUGGAAUGGUUUCUGCAUCCAAGGAGAGCGUCUCGCACGUGCUGAGUAACAAAAGAGGUGGCCACGCGGCCGUCAUCGUGAUCGGAGGAGCAGAGGAGUCUCUGAAUGCACAUCCUGGAAAUUUAACUUUGAACAUCCUGAAGAGGAAGGGCUUUAUUAAAAUGGCCUUGAAGCAUGGGGCUCAUCUGGUCCCCAUUUUUUCCUUUGGUGAGAAUGAGCUAUUCAAGCAAGUUGCAAACCCCAAAGGUUCAUGGCUCAGGAACAUACAGGAGAAGCUGCAGAAGAUAAUGGGCUUUGCUUUACCACUGUUUCAUGCGAGAGGAAUAUUUCAAUACAGCUUUGGCUUAAUACCUUACAGGCGACCUAUUCAUACUGUGGUGGGAAGCCCCAUCCCUGUAAAACAGAACCUGAACCCCACUACUGAAGAGAUUGAACAGCUCCAUGCAUUGUAUCUACAGAAACUCAGAACAUUAUUUGAAGAACACAAAAGAAAUUAUGGGAUCCCUGAGCAUAAAACUCUCAUUUUCGAGUAGGGAAUGACAAUCUGCAUUUCCAAACCUUAUGGAAAAAGCCAAUGUAUGGUGAAAGAUGCCUUUCUUGCAAUCUGUAUUUUGCAACCUGUAAUUAUCCUUGUGUAAGGAACAAUUUUAAGAAGGGAUUAUUAGAUGGCUUAUUGAUUUUUAUCUUACUGUAUUGGGAAAAAAAUAAUCCUUAGGGUGUGAGCCUUGAAGCCAGGGCUGGUUUGAGUUGUCCUUUUAGCUUCAUCCAUACCAGAAAUGGUAGUGAGGGACUCCAUGCAGAUGUUUGUACAGCCAUAGCUUGAGCAGAAAUUGCCUGAGCAUGAGAACAUGAGCAGGAACAGUAGAAACCUGAGAAGUCUUUGCUGAGGAGUUCAGAGACUUACCGGCAUGUGUCAAACACAACAGCAGGUUGGUCUCUGAAAAGCAGGAGACCCUGCUGCUCUUCCAUUGGAGUGAAGGUGUAUGCUUGCUGCAGAGGGCUUUUAGAAGCUAUUUGCAUGUGGAUUCAAGACUAAAUAGGAGCUUUCUGCCCUGGAAAGGAUAUCAGCAAAAGUGGUUUGUCCAAGUUAGGGAGCAGAGUAGACCCUGUCUGGAGGAG